AACUCAGAAAUUCAAACCAAACACGCAGAAAGUCUACAAGUUCUAGAAGAAAAUCAAAUAUUUUCUUAGCGGAAAAUUUUAAAAAUUUAAUUUAAUUUCUCACGUCUUAUAAAAAACACACUAAAUAAGCCAUGGAUGAAGGAGAUUUUGAUAACGAUGAUGUUGGCGGUGAGGACUUCGAUGAUGUCGAUGAGGACGAUAACAUUGACGACAUCAAUCAAGAUGAAGAAGUCGACAACAUUGAAAUAAUUGCUCAAGGUCAAGGUGGCGGUGGAGUACCCAAAUCCAAACGAAUAACAACCAAAUACAUGACAAAGUACGAGCGCGCCCGCGUCCUAGGAACGCGAGCUCUUCAGAUUGCCAUGUGUGCUCCUAUCAUGGUCGAACUGGAUGGCGAAACAGAUCCCCUACAGAUUGCGAUGAAGGAACUGAAACAAAAGAAAAUUCCCAUAAUCAUUCGGAGGUAUCUGCCAGAUCACUCAUACGAGGACUGGAGCAUCGACGAACUGAUUAUCGUCGACCAUUAGAAGCGGUAGAAAGUUUGGGCGCGAAUAAAUAGUGUGUAGGGAUGUAGUACAUAAUAAGUUUUAAUAAAUAAACAAUCAUUUAACAUAAUCAA